CCCAGGAGUUUCAUGUACAACAGAGGAGAGAAACACUAUUCAACUUGAGACAUGAGGUACUUGAGGGAAAAGAGCCUAGCCCAACUAGAGAACCUGUGCAAGCAGCUCUACGAAACUACCGACACAACGACCCGACUCCAGGCAGAGAAAGCCUUGGUUGAAUUCACCAACAGUCCUGAUUGCCUGAGCAAGUGCCAGCUCCUCCUGGAAAGAGGGAGUUCAUCGUACUCCCAGUUAUUGGCAGCUACAUGCCUUACAAAGCUUGUAUCACGUACAAACAACCCUUUGCCGUUGGAACAACGGAUAGAUAUUCGGAACUAUGUGCUCAACUACCUUGCCACUCGGCCAAAGCUGGCUACUUUUGUGACCCAAGCACUUAUUCAGUUAUAUGCUCGAAUUACAAAGCUGGGUUGGUUUGACUGUCAGAAGGAUGAAUACGUUUUCAGAAAUGUAAUCACGGAUGUCACAAGGUUUUUACAGGAUAGUGUUGAACACUGCAUCAUUGGAGUGACAAUUCUAUCUCAACUAACCAAUGAAAUUAAUCAAGCAGACACCACCCAUCCUCUGACCAAACAUAGAAAAAUAGCCUCCUCUUUUCGAGAUUCAUCAUUAUUCGAUAUCUUCACUCUCUCGUGCAAUUUACUAAAACAGGCUUCAGGAAAAAACCUGAAUUUGAAUGAUGAAAGUCAGCAUGGUUUGCUCAUGCAACUGCUCAAACUCACCCAUAACUGCCUAAACUUUGAUUUUAUCGGCACAUCAACAGAUGAGUCCUCAGAUGACCUGUGUACAGUACAAAUUCCCACUAGCUGGAGAUCAGCAUUCUUAGAUUCUUCCACCCUGCAACUGUUUUUUGACCUGUAUCAUUCCAUCCCUCCUUCGUUUUCACCUCUGGUCCUAUCCUGUUUAGUACAAAUUGCUUCAGUCCGCAGGUCCCUGUUUAAUAAUGCAGAAAGGGCAAAGUUUCUCUCUCAUCUUGUUGAUGGUGUUAAACGAAUACUGGAAAAUCCACAGAGUCUGUCAGACCCAAACAAUUACCAUGAGUUUUGCAGGCUUCUGGCCAGAUUGAAAAGUAACUACCAACUGGGAGAAUUGGUAAAGGUGGAAAACUACCCUGAGGUUAUUCGGUUAAUAGCCAACUUCACAGUGACAAGCUUACAGCACUGGGAAUUUGCUCCAAAUAGCGUGCACUAUCUCCUGAGUCUGUGGCAGCGGCUGGCUGCCUCUGUACCUUAUGUCAAAGCCACAGAGCCCCACAUGCUGGAAACCUAUACCCCUGAAGUCACCAAAGCCUACAUCACAUCACGCUUGGAGUCUGUGCAUAUCAUCCUAAGAGAUGGUCUGGAAGAUCCUCUGGAUGAUACAGGCCUGGUCCAACAGCAGUUAGAUCAACUGUCUACAAUCGGUCGCUGUGAGUAUGAGAAGACAUGUGCGCUCCUUGUUCAGCUAUUUGACCAGUCAGCCCAGUCAUAUCAGGAGCUGCUCCAGAGUGCCAGUGCAAGUCCCAUGGACAUUGCCGUGCAAGAAGGACGGCUAACGUGGCUGGUUUACAUUAUUGGUGCCGUGAUUGGUGGCCGUGUUUCUUUUGCAAGCACAGAUGAGCAAGAUGCUAUGGAUGGGGAACUGGUCUGUCGGGUACUUCAGCUAAUGAAUCUGACGGACUCUCGCUUGGCCCAGGCAGGGAACGAGAAGCUAGAGCUAGCCAUGCUGAGCUUCUUUGAACAGUUCCGUAAGAUCUACAUUGGGGACCAGGUGCAGAAAUCCUCCAAGCUGUAUCGCCGACUCUCAGAAGUGUUGGGCCUAAACGAUGAGACCAUGGUCCUGAGCGUCUUCAUAGGAAAAAUCAUCACCAACUUGAAGUACUGGGGCCGCUGUGAACCGAUCACCUCUAAGACACUACAGCUUCUCAAUGACCUCUCCAUCGGGUACAGUAGUGUGAGGAAAUUGGUGAAACUUAGUGCUGUACAGUUUAUGCUGAACAAUCACACAAGCGAGCACUUUUCAUUUUUGGGUAUUAACAAUCAGUCCAACCUGACAGACAUGCGGUGUCGAACUACAUUCUACACGGCACUUGGGCGCCUCCUCAUGGUGGAUUUAGGGGAGGAUGAGGAUCAAUAUGAGCAGUUCAUGUUGCCUCUCACAGCAGCAUUUGAAGCUGUUGCCCAGAUGUUUAGCACCAAUACUUUCAAUGAACAGGAAGCAAAGCGAACUCUAGUGGGCCUAGUGAGAGAUCUGAGGGGAAUAGCUUUUGCCUUCAAUGCGAAGACCAGCUUCAUGAUGUUGUUUGAAUGGAUGUACCCAUCUUACAUGCCAAUCCUUCAGAGGGCAAUUGAACUUUGGUACCAUGACCCAGCCUGUACUACACCUGUGCUCAAACUGAUGGCUGAAUUGGUACAUAACAGGUCCCAACGACUUCAGUUUGAUGUCUCCUCCCCAAAUGGUAUCUUACUCUUCCGGGAAACCAGCAAGAUGAUAACUACAUAUGGAAAUCGCAUCCUGACACUAGGAGAAGUUCCUAAGGAUCAGGUCUAUGCACUGAAGCUCAAGGGCAUCUCCAUCUGCUUCUCCAUGUUAAAGGCUGCACUCAGUGGAAGCUAUGUCAACUUUGGGGUCUUCCGUCUCUAUGGAGAUGAUGCAUUGGAUAAUGCUUUACAGACCUUCAUCAAGCUGCUCCUCUCUAUUCCACAUAGUGACCUCCUGGAUUAUCCCAAGCUCAGUCAGUCAUAUUAUUCAUUACUGGAAGUCCUCACCCAGGACCAUAUGAAUUUUAUUGCCAGCCUGGAACCCCAUGUUAUCAUGUAUAUUCUUUCUUCCAUAUCUGAAGGACUUACUGCACUAGACACCAUGGUAUGCACAGGCUGCUGCUCCUGCCUGGACCACAUUGUGACAUACCUUUUCAAGCAGCUAUCACGUAGCACCAAGAAGAGAACAACACCUCUGACUCAGGAGAGUGACCGUUUCCUGCACAUUAUGCAGCAGCAUCCAGAAAUGAUCCAACAGAUGCUGUCAACGGUGCUGAAUAUUAUCAUUUUUGAGGACUGUCGGAACCAGUGGUCCAUGUCCCGACCUCUACUUGGUUUGAUAUUACUUAAUGAAAAGUAUUUCUCAGAUUUGAGGAACAGUAUAGUGAACAGCCAGCCCCCUGAAAAACAGCAGGCAAUGCACCUGUGUUUUGAGAAUCUGAUGGAAGGCAUUGAACGAAAUCUUCUGACAAAAAACAGAGAUAGGUUCACCCAGAACUUGUCAGCAUUUCGUCGGGAAGUCAAUGACUCCAUGAAAAAUUCCACCUAUGGCGUGAAUAGCAAUGAUAUGAUGAGCUGACACCUUACGAGAUUCCACCUGUACAGAGCAGUGUCCCUUUGGUCUGGCCCAGAGGGUUGAACAAUUCUGAGGGGGAGAGGGUAUGGCUGACCCUUGCUCCUCCCUCUGGGGGGGGAUUACAAAGGUCAGUUUGGCUGUUUUCCCAGGGAAGAGGGGUGUGAGACUGUGCUCACCAGGGGGCAGGGCACUGCUUGGUUCCUGGGAGGUGGGGUGGGGUUGGGGAAAGUGGGGAUAGUAAGCAGGAAGGUAUGAGAAUCCAGCCCCCUCUUCCUGGUGGAGGGGAAGAACCCCAGCGUCCUGACACAACCUGCCUUGUAUAAACAUGUACAUUUUUUCAUAACAUUUUGAACAAGGUUUAUAUUGACUCAAGUUUAAAAAAAAAAGUGUGAUUGAAAAAUUUUUACAGAGUCUAGUGCACCAAUGCUGAAGUGAGGGGUUGUGUAUGCGAGUGACAAAAAUGUGUAUUCUGGUGGCCUGAAGCUUUACUGGAUGAGGGUGUGUGAAAGUGCAGAGAUAUAUUUAGUGACAAGUGUAGAGAGAGGCAAAAAAAGUAAUUCCAAAUGUAUAUUUUUUCUUAUUGUCCGUCCCUUCACUUCUCCCUGAAAUUACCAUUUCCUGUUACUGUCUUAACCCUUGUUAUUAGGAACUCUAAGCCAUGUCCAACCAAGUACCAUCCUUCCUUUACCAUGUCCUUGAGUCCCCCUGGCCACUGACAGAUACUCCAGCUAAAGUGUUUGAUCUUGUUCCCUUCUCCCAUUUCCUUGGACAGAGGCCUCUUGAUCUACUAAGGCAGUGUGAUUUGUAACCGUAUGUUAAAUGAUUUCUUGGGUCUCAAGUAUGGAGACACAGGAGCUGAAAUAAAAGCUUAUUGCCCCUGGGGCUGAACAUGGCGACUUCUGGCCAAGUUCCUGUGGCCAAUAACUUUUAGUCUUCCCCAGCCCUUGAGGCAGAGUGUGUGUGUGCGUGCGCGCGCGUGUGUGUGUGUGUGUGUGUGUGUGUGUAUAGAUGACUGUGUGAAUGUAUGUGUGUGGAUAUUUAUAUAUAUCUAUAUAUACCCUGCACUCAUGAAUGUAUGAGCUGGAGAAAGUUACCACAAUGGAGGGGGUUCUUAAUAACAAGGUCUGCCUAGCAUGAAAUAUUUAACAUCCUUCUCCUUCCGCCCCUUUAAAAAAAAUACAUCUUUUCCUUUUAAAAAAAAAAACCCACCAUAGUAAAUGUUUUUAAUAUUAAAAACAAAAAUUACCUACAGAGAAAUAGAGAAAGCUGUUUGCCUUGUACCUUUCCCACAAUUGUUGCUGCUAGUUGUGUGCAUCUCUAGUUCAGCUCUUGCCCAAGGGAUACAUCAAUUAGGUUUUAUUUUCAUUUCUCUUCCCUUGCCCACCCUACCCAACCCCUUUUAGUUUUUUUGUUUUGUUUUUGUUUUGUGUUUUUGUUUUUUGUUUUGUUCUUUCCUCUGGCGAUUGUGUGUUGGGUCCUUUCUUGCGUGGUCAGAUUGACGGUUGACUUGUAAGGGUGUUUGCUACAUACAGUGUAAGCAUUGUGACCGCCAAUAAACUUCAAUGGUUUCUACUGAA